AUGGCGGAGGCAACUGGGCCCAAGCCGAGCAGCAGCGUCAAACUUGUUCUUCUGGGUGAAGCUGCUGUAGGAAAGUCAUCCCUGGUGCUGCGAUUCGUGAACAACGACUUCCAAGAGAACAAGGAACCUACUAUCGGAGCUGCCUUCCUUACACAAAAAUGUAAUUUACCUACGCGGACGAUUAAAUUCGAGAUAUGGGAUACUGCGGGACAGGAACGUUUCGCAUCACUUGCUCCCAUGUAUUAUCGAAACGCCCAAUCGGCCCUCGUGGUUUACGAUCUCACAAAGCCUACAUCGCUUAUUAAAGCGAAGCACUGGGUGGCAGAGUUGCAAAGGCAAGCAUCACCAGGAAUUGUUAUCGCACUAGUAGGCAACAAGCUCGAUUUAACAAACGAAAACGGUGGAUCAAACAAUCCCCUGGGCGAUGAUGAAGAUAAUGAUAAUGCCGAAGGAGAGGACAAUGAUGGAGAUGCUAGGAAGGUAUCGACUGCUGAAGCCAAGUCAUAUGCGGAGGAGGAGGGCCUAUUGUUCUUCGAGACUAGUGCCAAGAAUGGAACGAACGUAACGGAAGUGUUCACAGCUAUCGCGAAUGCCAUCCCAGAGACAUCAUUGAAGGGUGCCAGGGGCCCAGGAGCCGCGCAGUCCAAUACUGGGAGAACAGAAGAACAGUCCAGAGUGAACUUGACUGGACCAAGAGAUAAUGCAUCAAAGGAAGGUUGUGCUUGUUGA